UCCAUUUUCAAUUCAACCAACGCUUUUCGGAAUAUUAUUACAUUAUGGCUACUGUAAACAAAACACUUCACACUCUUGUUUUCUUACUACUCUUGGCUCUUGGGAUAUGCUCUGCCACAAGUAGGGUUUUGCUCACUUUUGAUGGCAUUGGAGGUGGGAGUGGUGGCGGCUCCGGUGGUGGUGGUGGUUAUGGACUUGGUGGGGAUCAUGCUGGUGUUGUUGGUUAUGGAGGUGGGAGUGGUGGUGGAGAAGGUGGAGGAGUAGGAUAUGGUGGUGCUGGUGGUGGACAUGGUGGUGGUGGAGGAGGCGGAGCUGGGUAUGGUGCUGGGGGUGAUCAUGGUAUUGUAUAUGGCAGUGGUGGUGAAUAUGAGGGACAGCCAGGUGGUGGAUACGGAGGAGGAGAAGGAGGUGGGGCCGGUGGUGGUUAUGGUGGCGGUGCAGAACAUGGAUAUGGAGGAGGUGGUGGUAGUGGUGGUGGUGGUGGAGCUGGGUAUGGUGCAGGUGGAGCUCAUGGGGGAGGAUAUGGUUCUGGAGGAGGAGCUGGUGGAGGAUAUGGUGGUGCAGGUGAGGAACACGAUAGUGGUUAUGGGAGCGGGGGCGGCGGAGGGUCUGGAGGAGGUUAUGGUGCUGGUGGAGACCAUGGUGCAGGUGGUUAUGGGGGUGGUGAAGGAGGAGGAUCAGGGGGAGGCUAUGGUGGUGGUGCUGGUGGAGAGCAUGGCAUUGGUUAUGGAGGCGGUUCAGGUGGUGGAUCCGGUGGAGGAUAUGGUGGUGCUGGUGGAGAACAUGGCAUUGUCUAUGGAGGAGGUGGCGGAAGUGGUGGUGGGGGUGGUGUAGGGUACGGUGGUGCUGGAGGAGCACAUGGAGGUGGCUAUGGAAGUGGUGGCGGAGCUGGUGGAGGCGGUGGAGCAUAUGGUGGUGGUGCUUAUGGUGGCGGAGCUGGUGGUGGCUCUGGUGGAGGUGGUAGUUAUGGGGCAGGCGGUGCACAUGGUAGUGGUUAUGGAGGAGGCGGUGGAAGUGGGGGUGGUCAUGGUGGUUAUUAUAUUCCCUAAGAAAUUCUAAAGAUGAAAGUAUCUCCUUUGAUCUAUCCACAUACAUUAAGCAUGAUGUAUUUAAUAUUAGUAAGAGUAUCAUAAUAAUCACAAUCAUAAUUAUAUUAAACCAUUACAACUGCCAGAUUAUCAAUUAUUGAAUUAUAUGAAGCAAAAAUAUUUGUUCCUUUUA